UUUCUCUCCUCUAAGAGCAUCCACGUCACUACACUAUUUUUGGUGGACCCCACAGUAUUAUAUUAAGCAUUUUUUGUCAACGAUUGCAAAUGAAUACACGUUCCUUUUCUUCAUAAUGGGCCUACUAAAGCAUCUUCUAAAGUAAUGGGCCUAAGAUCCGUUUCUUCAUGUAUUUCUCUCUACUCUCCAACUCAUCUUCUCGAGACAACUGUUUUCUUCGACGCUGCCGUUGUCGAUAAACUUCACCGACAAGAAUCUCAAACAUCAACACCUAAUCACAACUAAGGUACUUAAAUACAUGUCUUAAUUCGUUCCAAUUCCACUACUUUCUACUUAAUUCAUGAGUUUAAUUUUCGAAACGAAACUGUAAUUGGAGUAAAUCAUAAGUUGCCUAUAGAUCUCCCUCUAAACUACUAUAAAUUCAUCAUCACCCACCAUCCCCAAACACUAAUUCCACUUUCCAUCACAAAAACUUCGAUACACUCUGAAAAUGGCUGCAGUUGAUGUUGUUCCAAUUCCUACUAAUGCAAACUAUGUUGCUUUUGAUGAUUUACGUCUUGGUCGCUCUACUCAACAGGUUGUUGGUCGUCUACUUCGUUUUUGGGAUGCUCGCAACAUCAAGAAAGAUGGUCAAUUCAUGGGGAUAGUCCUCCUUUUACUCGAUGAAAAAUGCUCAGUAAUCCAUGCUUUUAUCCCAGCAGCUCUUGUCUCUCAAUUCCGUCAAGUUUUGCGUGAAGGUUCUAUCUACAAUAUUAGCGGGUUUGAAGUGGGACGGUGCACAAAACUCUACAAGAUCACUGACCAUCCUUUUCUCCUACGUUUUCUCCCUGCCACAACGACUGUAGAACUUUCAGAUGUUGGCCCUACAAUUGAACGGGAACAAUUCAUGCUACGUAAUUUUGACAACCUACAAGCUCUAGCUAACACCAACAUUGAACUUCCUGAUGUUGUAGGCCAAAUCUCCUUCAUCCAAGGGUCGAACCUGAAUGACCCAACUUCCACUCAACGUUUGGUUUUGCGUUACCGUAUCGAUACGUUAACAGAGAGAAGGUUUGUUGCAAAAUAGCCAUGGACCCACGUUGUCAGAAAAGUGAAAUACCAACAUUAUCUUUUGCUUGUUACAAGAACAACGAUAUGCGAGAA